GGUCAGCAAUGGCAGCGGCCAUGGCUCGGCUCGGGCUCCGGGCGGUCAAGCAAGUUCGGGUUCAGUUCUGCCCCUUCGAGAAGAAUGUGGAGUCUACGAGGACUUUCCUUCAGGCGGUGAGCAGCGAGAAGGUCCGCUCCACCAACCUCAACUGCUCGGUGAUUGCGGACGUGAGGCACGACGGUUCCGAGCCCUGCGUGGACGUGCUGUUCGGAGACGGACAUCGCCUGAUUAUGCGUGGCUCCCACCUCACCGCUCAGGAAAUGUUCACUGCCUUCGCCUCGCACAUCCAGGCCAGGGGCGCAGCGGCAAGCGGGGACACGCCAGGCGCUGGUACUGGGCUCUGAGAGCGCAGGAGAGAACAAGAAGCAGAUUUUAACCUGUCUCCAAAGGCCACUUGUCAAAUCACUGGAGGGCCAUAGAACAAGGGGUGGAAGAACCCUGCCACCACAGUGCUUCUGGGGCAAGCCAGGACGGGCUGGGGAGGGAUCUAGAGGAACUUGAAUUGUGUUCUCCUUUUUACCAUCCUUCGCCGCUUAACUCUUUUGCAUUUCGCUUCUUCCGACACUCAAGGUACUUUUUAAUCUUACUUAGAAAAGUAGUGCUGUUUUCUCUCCUUGUGUCUCCCUCCACUCUUAACUCACUUUGUGGAACCUCCCUCUCUCUCUCUCUCUCUCUCUCUCUCU